AUGGCAUCUGAAUCACCCAGUAACUGGCAAGACCUCGUCGCCAUCAAACGUCAUGAAUGCGAACAGAAGAUACCCUCGGAUUGGCGUCUGAGUGCAGACCAGCUGGCAUUUGCGCAGGAAUCCCCGCGUCUACUCGAUAUUGAUCUUCCUCGUCGCAGUGGUCUGCUCUCCGAGAUCGAAUUGGAUAUCACGGAAAACUAUACCGCAAGUCAGCUAUUGGUCAAGUUAGCAUCAGGGCAGACUAGCUCGUUGGCUGUUACAACUGCGUUUUGUAAGAGGGCUGCUAUUGCGCAGCAGGUUAUCUCAUGUCUUACGGAGACCUUCUUCCCCCAGGCGCUGGAGCGUGCGAAGUACCUGGAUGAGUACCUCCAGAGGGAGGGAAAGCCCAUUGGGCCCCUACACGGUCUACCGAUCAGUCUAAAAGACAGUUUCUGUGUGGAGGGUGUGCAGACAACAAUUGGAUUUGUCGCAUUUCUCGAGAACGAACCCGCGAAGAAAAACUCAGGAUUAGUGAGCAUGCUACUGGAGCUUGGCGCAGUGCUAUACGUGAAGACGAACAUUCCCCAGACAAUGAUGACAGCAGACUCGGAGAACAACAUCUUCGGCCGCACCCUCAACCCACACAACACAAUCCUAGGAGCUGGCGGAUCCAGCGGCGGCGAGGGUGCACUAGUAGCAUUCCGAGGAUCGGUGUUGGGCGUGGGCACCGACAUCGCCGGCUCAAUUCGCAUCCCCGCACUAUGCUGCGGCGUAUACGGCUUCAAGCCAACAAACGACCGUAUCCCCUUCGGCGGACAGGUCUCCGGCGCCGUGAAGGGGAUCCCAGGACUUAGUCCAGCAGCAGGUCCGCUGGCCCAUAGUAUCGCCGAUCUCAAGCUACUGAUGAGCUCUGUCGUCGCCGACGGCCAAGCGUGGAAGUACGAUUUUUCUGCCGUUGGGGUCCCGUGGCAAGCUGUCCCGUCUGGUAUCAACGCCAGUGGAAGCUUAACUAUUGGUGUGCUUGCUGAGGAUAAGUAUUUCUUGCUCCACCCGCCUGUAAAGAGGGCCCUAGAGCGGGCCGUUGAGGCCUUGAAGCGCGCAGGACAUCGUAUUAUCCGACUUGGUGGUGAAGAUGAAGCACAGAGCCUGGCAUAUGCGUCGCGCCUUGCCUUCCAAUAUUUUACCUAUGGCCCACAGAAAGCUAUUAUUGAGGCUAGUGGCGAACCUAAGAUAACUUCGCUUGCUAAGAAUGCGUCGCCGAUGGGCUCUGGUCCGCCCAUUGCCCAGCAAGGUCUAGGACCAUUUGAGAGUAUCCUGGCGUUGCAUGAGGCUCGCCUACGGAUUCAUGAGGCCUGGAGGCAGACGUGGGUCGAUCAGAAGCUUGAUGUUGUCCUCGCUCCUGGAGCUCAGAGUACAGCGGUGGCCCAUGAUAUGUAUGGAUGGCCUUCUUAUACGGUGCUAUGGAAUGUUUUGGAUUAUCCCGCAUGCAUUAUUCCAUAUGGCAAAGCGUCCAAAGAACUUGACCCUGAGCCUAUGAAAACAGCCGAUGAUGCGCAACCGGACUAUCGCCCUGAUGAGGUAGACGGCGCUCCAUGCGCUAUCCAGGUCGUCACGCCGCGUUUCCAAGAUGAGAAGUGUCUAUGGGCAGCGGAUAUCAUCGACCGAGCAUUGGCCGUUUAUGGCAAGGAAUAA